GCCGGCGGGCGGAGACGGCCGGGAUCUGUCCGAGCAGGAAGCGACUGCAGCCUGGCCGCGCUCUCCUCCCGGUCGUGCCGCUCCGCCGCGUCGUGGUCCUCGUCCCUCCCGCGCCCCCGCCCCGCCCCCAGCCUCGCCGGCACAGGUAGCCCGGCCGCCGCGCACCUGCCUUCGCUCGCGCACCGAAGAUUGUGCAUAACCCCCUUCAAAAAUGGAAGAUGGAAAGCCCGUUUGGGCGCCACAUCCUACAGAUGGAUUUCAGCUGGGCAAUAUUGUGGACAUCGGCCCUGACAGCCUAACAAUUGAACCAUUGAACCAAAAAGGCAAGACAUUUUUGGCUCUCAUAAACCAAGUGUUCCCUGCAGAAGAGGACAGUAAAAAAGAUGUGGAAGAUAACUGUUCACUAAUGUACUUAAAUGAAGCCACACUCCUCCAUAAUAUCAAAGUUCGAUAUAGUAAAGACAGAAUUUAUACAUAUGUCGCCAACAUUCUGAUUGCAGUGAAUCCAUACUUUGAUAUACCUAAAAUAUAUUCUUCAGAUACAAUAAAGUCCUAUCAAGGAAAAUCUCUUGGCACAAUGCCACCUCAUGUCUUUGCAAUUGCUGACAAGGCCUUUCGAGACAUGAAGGUGCUCAAAAUGAGUCAGUCUAUCAUUGUAUCUGGUGAAUCAGGAGCUGGCAAAACAGAAAAUACAAAAUUUGUUCUAAGAUAUCUGACAGAAUCCUAUGGAACAGGUCAAGAUAUUGAUGAUAGAAUUGUUGAAGCUAAUCCACUCUUAGAAGCUUUUGGAAAUGCAAAGACUGUUCGCAACAAUAAUAGCAGUCGAUUUGGAAAAUUUGUAGAAAUUCAUUUCAAUGAAAAGAGUUCAGUUGUUGGAGGAUUUGUUUCACAUUAUCUCCUAGAGAAAUCUAGGAUCUGUGUUCAAGGCAAGGAGGAAAGGAAUUAUCAUAUCUUUUAUAGACUGUGUGCUGGGGCUUCUGAAGAUAUUAGAGAAAAACUUCAUUUGAGCUCCCCAGAUAAUUUUCGGUAUUUAAACCGAGGAUGCACUAGAUACUUUGCUAACAAAGAAACUGACAAACAGAUUUUACAGAACCGCAAAAGUCCUGAGGAGGACGAGUAUAUUAAGGCAGGUUCCUUGAAAGAUCCUCUGUUAGAUGACCAUGGAGAUUUUAUUAGGAUGUGCACAGCCAUGAAAAAAAUCGGUUUGGAUGAUGAAGAAAAACUCGAUCUGUUUCGAGUAGUAGCUGGUGUCCUCCACCUUGGAAAUAUUGAUUUUGAGGAAGCUGGCAGCACUUCAGGUGGUUGCAACCUGAAGAAUAAAUCUGCCCCAUCUUUGGAAUAUUGUGCUGAAUUACUGGGUUUGGACCAAGAUGACCUUCGUGUAAGUUUAACCACAAGAGUUAUGCUAACGACAGCAGGGGGCGCCAAAGGGACAGUUAUAAAGGUUCCCCUGAAAGUGGAGCAAGCAAACAAUGCUCGUGAUGCUCUGGCAAAGACCGUCUAUAGCCAUCUUUUUGAUCAUGUGGUAAACAGAGUAAACCAGUGUUUUCCUUUUGAAGCUUCAUCCUGUUUUAUUGGAGUCUUAGACAUUGCUGGUUUUGAGUACUUUGAGCAUAACAGUUUUGAACAAUUUUGUAUCAACUAUUGCAAUGAAAAACUUCAACAAUUUUUUAACGAAAGGAUUCUGAAAGAGGAACAAGAACUCUAUCAGAAAGAAGGUUUGGGUGUUAAUGAAGUUCAUUACGUGGAUAAUCAGGAUUGUAUAGAUUUAAUUGAGGUGAAACUAGUGGGAAUUCUGGAUAUUUUGGACGAAGAGAAUCGCCUCCCUCAGCCAAGUGACCAGCACUUCACAUCUGCGGUCCACCAGAAGCACAAGGACCACUUCCGACUCACAAUUCCCAGGAAGUCUAAGCUGGCCGUUCACAGAAAUCUCAGAGAUGAUGAAGGCUUUAUUAUCAGGCAUUUUGCAGGAGCAGUGUGCUACGAAACAACCCAGUUUGUGGAGAAAAAUAAUGAUGCAUUACAUAUGUCUCUUGAAUCCUUAAUAUGUGAAUCCAGGGAUAAGUUUAUACGGGAAUUAUUUGAAUCGUCUACAAAUAACAACAAAGACACCAAACAAAAAGCAGGAAAACUUAGCUUCAUCAGUGUGGGAAACAAGUUUAAGACACAGUUAAAUUUGCUUCUGGAUAAACUUCGAAGUACCGGAGCCAGCUUUAUUCGCUGCAUCAAACCUAAUUUAAAGAUGACAAGCCACCACUUUGAGGGUGCUCAGAUUCUGUCUCAGCUUCAGUGUUCAGGCAUGGUAUCUGUUCUGGACUUGAUGCAGGGUGGUUUCCCAUCACGAGCUUCAUUCCAUGAACUCUACAACAUGUACAAAAAGUACAUGCCGGAUAAACUUGCAAGAUUGGAUCCAAGGCUAUUUUGUAAGGCACUUUUUAAGGCUUUGGGCUUAAAUGAAAUUGACUACAAGUUUGGGUUAACCAAAGUGUUUUUUAGACCUGGCAAGUUUGCAGAAUUUGAUCAGAUUAUGAAGUCUGAUCCUGACCACUUGGCAGAGUUGGUUAAAAGAGUGAAUCAUUGGCUCGUCUGUAGUCGCUGGAAGAAAGUUCAGUGGUGUUCACUCUCAGUCAUCAAGCUGAAAAACAAAAUAAAAUAUCGAGCCGAAGCUUGCAUUAAAAUGCAAAAAACUGUUCGAAUGUGGCUUUGCAAAAGGAGACACAAACCUCGCAUUGAUGGCCUGGUUAAGGUGGGCACACUGAAAAAACGGCUUGAUAAAUUUAAUGAAGUAGUAAGUGCAUUGAAAGAUGGAAAACCAGAGAUGAACAGACAGAUCAAAGAUCUUGAAAUUUCUAUUGAUGCUUUGAUGGCCAAAAUUAAG